UUGAUCGAUUUCCUUUAAAAUUUGUAACAUCGAUUCCUCUCCAAGCUUUGAUCCAAGACACCAUGUGAAAGUUGGACUGGUGUAAGGACUGUCGAGAUGUCUGGGAGAAACUGGCGCGGUGUUUAAGCAAGACAAAAAGUUGCGAGCAAAUUCAAGAAAUUUCUUUGACGUGUACCACUUAUUCAAUGGCUUACAGGGGUUGCCUUACCCUGUACUGCGGUCACUGCAACACAGGGCUGGCUACCGUGGAUAUUUUAAUGUUAGCUACAGUUCCUCCAUCAGCGACGCAUAUGGCCAUUAAGAAAGAGAAGGAAGAAGAAGCCUACAAAACACUUAGAAAGAUUCCAAACCCUGACGCUAAAAAAGCCUCUUUUUCUCCUUACAAAAUUCUUUGCAAACAGUGCAAUGAUUACGUAGGUACAGUCAGCAUUGUACACGAAAACACCCUGAUUUGUUUCAAGAUUGAAAACGUAUAUUUCAAAAAGGGGUAUGAGGAAAUCAGAGGGAAACGAUUGAAGCACAUUAAAGACAAACUUUUGCGGUAUGGCCUUGAGGUUGUUAAUAUUUCUCAGCUACAACUUCCAGAUGCUAUUGAACAGAAUGAAACUCCUUCAGAGCCGUUGAUUUAUUGCGAUGUACGGAACAGCCUAACUACGGAGCAAGUCUUGUCUUUUACGAAGCAGAUCCCGCGCGGAUAUCAACAAGAAAUGUUUCUGGAAGCCUUGCGCGGAAACACGCUGGUCUACCUUCCCACGGGCUCGGGCAAGACUUUAAUUGCAGCCAUGGUGCUGAGCUGUAUGAAGAAACUAAACCCAAACAAAUUGAUGGUGUUCUUGGUGGACCGCAUACCACUUGUGUACCAACAGAGUGACUACAUCAAGUCCCAGGUUCCAGAUCUCAGAGUGGAGAUAUUAGCGGGAGAUGUUGGACGUUUCCCGGGCGAUAAGUCGCGUUGGAUAGCCACCGUUCAGGCGCUGGCAGAGAAUAAAAUCGAUCUCCUGGUUUUGACCCACCAGAUUUUGUUAAACCUUAUGGCCAGUGAUCCUGUGGUGGUGCGCAUGUCUGAUAUUUCUGUUCUCGUUUUCGACGAGGCCCAUCAUUGCCUUGGAAAUCAUUGCUACAAUCAGGUCAUGAGAGAUUUCUACAGGGUCACAAGUAACAGGUUUAAGCCUCUAGUGCUGGCGCUGACUGCCUCUCCAGCAGGCGCCGAUACACUCCAGGCUACGUCGAAAAAGUUGGAGGAACUUCUGUCGAACCUAUCCGCAUGUGGGCGCAUGCCUUCUCGGUCUACAGACCUAGAGGUGUACUGGAACCGACCGGAUACAGAAUAUCAGAUGGUUCCUCUUAACACCAAGCAAACAGUAUUUGAAUCAAACGUGGAGUUGUACCUCAACUCCUUGAAAGAGCUUAUCGAAUGUGAAGCCAAAUGUCCUCGAGCGCUUGACAAGUUGCAAGUUCUAAAACACAACUACCGCGGUGCUUUGCGUAAGUUGAUUGAACGUUGCUAUGGUGACAAGAGCCGCGUAAAGGGCUUGGCGCUUGGGGAACAUGCCAUGCACAUGCUCAGUGUGAUUGAAGUGAACAACAUCUUGGGGAACGAGUAUGCUGUGGAGUGUCUUGAAGAGUGCAUUAAACAGCUUCGAAUGGCCACAUCCCCUUUGGAACGGCUCAAGAAGAAGCUCGUUGGUUCCUUAAAUGCGCUAAAGGUUCUAGAAUCGUCGAUCAAAGACCUCAGACGAGUUUCAAGCUUUUUCGCACUCAGCGACAGGUAUCAACACCUCACCAAGGAACUUGAAAAUUUUAUUCUUCGAGUUGAAAAAGACGAAACUUCCAGAGGGAUCAUUUUUGUCAAAAUGAGGAGGACUGCCCACAAGCUCUGUGAACGGCUACGGAAAGAAACUGAAAUUUGCGAAAAAUUGAACCCAGCCUUCCUCGUCGGUCAUGGGCGGGGAAGCGAUGGAAUGGACUGGAGAGGAGAACAAGAGGAAAUCCUCAAGAAGUUACGAUCUGGGGAAGUUAAAUUACUUGUCAGCACGAGCGUUUUAGAGGAGGGACUGGACGUACCAGUGUGUAACCUGGUCAUCCGCUUUGACAGCGCACUGACUGUACGGGGAAUAGUGCAGAGUCGCGGGCGAGCAUCUCGCAGACCCGACAGCCGAUUUGUCGUCAUCUGCAGUGAUUGCAAAGAGCAAACGAACGCGUUCGAUGCUAUCAAAAUGGAAAACAACAUGGAAUGUGCAAUGAGGUUGCAACAAUAUUCCACAGCACGAUUACAGGCAGAGUCAUUCGGUUGUGAGAUGAAGAGACCAGACUUGAGCCAACAGUCACAUUCAGUUGAACCGCCGAGCAUGGCAUGCGCAGAAGAGGAACCACAAGCUGAGGAAGAGGAUGAUGACGUGGAAAAUGAAUACAGCGUCGAAGCAAUGACCAUCCAUGAACGAGGAGAAAGUCUAGCAUCAGGAGGACCCAGAAAGAGAAGAAAGAAGCGUGUUCCAAAUGUACGUAUCGCUAUUUUCAAUGUUGUCACAGAUAGAAACAACAACAAGGAAGUUAGCCAACUAACAGAAUACUUCGAGAAAUAUUUUGAUGUGAAGUCCUUGUCGCCAGAAACCUCUGAAGUUGUUAAAGAUGCUGAGAGUUUAGCAGGGGAGGAGAGCACUUCGGACCAAAGUCACUCAGUCAUUCUUCGCCUACAGUUAGAGCCUUGUGAAGACCAAAUUUUCCGCAAAAAAGAAAAAUUCUUUACUCAUAUCGUUCAGUCGUGGUGUUCGCGUCCCAAAGCGUAUCGAUCUGAAACGGAGAAGCACUGGUUAUGUCGAGAUGAGCCCUCACAGAGUCAAAAGUAUUCCAAACAGGUGCUUGUCAUCAAAGCAGAAGCCAUCAAUCUGGGGUACUUUUGGAAUCGAGCGCAUUUCUGUAUUCACUGGCCUUUCAACUCCACCAAGCUGAUGGAAAACAUUCGCGUUGCGUUUCAGCAUGAUCUGCGAACAUUGUUGAUCUGUUUUACAAUGGCUAAUCCAUUCAGUAAAUGGAAAGCAGACCUGUACAAGCUGCAAAUACGUUACAGCGAACUGAGAGAAUUUGUUUUGGUGGACAAACGGAGCUCAUCUUCGUCUCAAGAGGUAAUAAUCUCCCUGAGGCAUCCUCCACGCAUCUAUAGAGCGAAGAAUUUAAUCAAGAAAGAGCAGGAUGACGAAGAAAACGACUUUGAAGAUUGGUACUUCGAUGAGAACGACUACGACUUCGAUUUUGAUGACGAUCGUGGCUUCUCCAGCGAGUACUCGAGCGAUUCCGAAGAUGAUCGAACGACUUCCGGAGUCAACCGCAGUAGUGCCGAAAGUACUCAAGUGAAGUCCGAAGAUGAUACCGAAGCUCUUUUGACGAGUUCGGAUCUCGCGCGAAUUGACGACGUGGUGAAUUGGGAGCGUGUUACAGAAAUCGGAGACAGCGGGGAAGCUUUUGGUUUGUGCUUCGCCUACAACUUUACCUUUAAGGCGAGUGAAUGGCAACAUGUCAAAGAGGUACUUAAAAGCAUUGCUAGAUAUGACAAGAAGUCGUUCUUUGUUUCUAUGCGCAAAUCUUUGAGACGAUUACCAGAGGUGAACAUUUCCAAGGAGUUACCUUUUGUCGUCAAAUACGCCGCGCAAUGUGUUCUGAGUUCCUUCCCAUUCGCCAGGGGUAGAAUCACGACCAAGUUCGCCACUUUGCUUAGAAGUAAACCUGAAAAAACAACAUUGUCUGCCUUGGAAAGACUUGGCACGGCUCUCCAUCAGAAUUUAUUCUGCGAUCCAGAGGCCCAACUCGAAGCCUUGCUCAACCAAACAAAUUUGAAUCUAGGGGGAUUCCCAAAGCAACUGCUACCCGAUCAGUGCGCCAUGAUAAAACGGAUGGUGAUUACACCCACAAGGCUCCUUUACUACACACCAGAGAUCAUGUCCAAAAAUCGUGUCCUUCGCAAUUACAACACAGACCAGUUUUUGUGUGUGAACUUUCGUGAUGAAGACUUCUCGAGGCUCUCAUCCGCAGCUGGAGCCAUUGAUAACAUUUUAGAACGUUUGAGGCGGAUCUUGGACAGCGGAGUGAUCGCAGGCGGGGAUAGAUUCCUUUUUUUGGGAUCUUCCAAUAGUCAGUUGCGCAAUCACGGCUGCUGGUUUGUUCGUCCCAGUCCUCAGCCAGAGGAGAUAAGAAAUUGGAUGGGAGACUUUUCUAGAAUAAGGACAACAUAGCGGUCUUCCGCCCGAGCAUGCGCAAGUUUGAAAGCUCCCAUCGACGGAUUGAAGUGCUACAGACCUCUCGUCCCCAGGCCGUUUUCUUGAAUCACCAGUUGAUUAUUCUUUUGUCGAAUCUCGGUAUCCCGGAUGAUGUAUUCAUGAAAUUACAGCGUGAUAUGUUGGACCGAUUGGCAGGAAUGCUUGUAAACGAACAGCUGGCUUCUCAGCAGAUGACUUCGGGGGCCAAAACUGGCAUCGCUUACACGAGCCUGUCUCAAGCUGGAAUACAACUGACUACUGAACCCUUUUUUAAGUCUUUGUUGGUAGCACUGUACAAAGAGCGAAUGCAAAAUCUGCUUAGUCGAGCCCGCAUUCUCCUUCCACCAGCGGAGGCUCGACUUAUGAUAGGUGUCAUGGAUGAGACGGGGACCUUAAAGCCAGGCGAGGUAUUUGCACAGUAUUCAGCGACUUCCAAUGACCCUGAUCACGAAGGAGAAUUCAGUAAAUCAAAAAAGCAUAUCCUCAAAGGACCGGUAGUGAUAACAAGAAAUCCUUGUCUCCAUCCCGGGGAUGUCAGACAGCUGACCGCAGUAUACGCGGCUCAACUCGUUCAUUUGGUGGACUGUGUCGUGUUUCCUAAUCAUGGACCACGCCCUCAUCCGAGUGAAAUGGCAGGUGGAGAUCUCGAUGGCGACCUGUACUUUGUCUGCUGGAAUAAAGAGCUUUUGCCGAAGAGAAAACUUUUUCCACCAAUGAAUUACGAAGCACCACCUAAAAAAAUAGUCCAAGGACCAAUUCAAAUACAUCACAUGACCGAAUUUGUAGCCGAAUAUAUCCGGUUUGACCAGCUUGGUGUGAUUGACAACGCACAUAAAGCACAUGCCGAUUGUGACGAGGGAGGGGUCGAGUCGUCACUAUGUCUUAAAUUAGCUGAGCUUCAUUCAUUAGCAGUUGACGCUCCAAAGACGGGGGAAUGGCCCGAAAUGCCCAAAGAGGCGAAAGUCUUAAAGUUUCCUGAUUUCAUGAUGAAAUCCGACAAACCCAGCUACCCUUCAGACAAGGUUUUGGGAAAGCUUUAUCGGGAGUGCAGAGCAUUUAAAGACAGUAUAGGGAGAGAGGUUCCACGAAAGAAACCACACAUCGACUCCGCUUUAUUAGUGCCCCAUUUCCAGAGGUACCAAGACGAAGCAAAGGAGCUGUAUGAGGAAUACUCCAACCAGCUACAAACGCUGAUGAACCUCUACGGAAUUGAGACAGAAGCCGAGCUGCUCUCAGGAUGUUUUCUUAAAGUACACUCUCGUCUUGGAAGAGAAAAAGUCGAGAUUGCUGACCUAGUUGGGCAAAUUCUCACUAAAAUACGCGAAAGCUUUCGGAGAAGGUUCUUCAGAGAGUUCGAAGUGAACGAAGAUAUUCGAGGAGCCGAAGAUGUUAUUUCCGAAGAAAUGCGAAGAAAGGCCUCGGCCUGGUACUACGUGGCGUACAGCAACAAGCAAUCGACCGACGCAGCAGAAAAUGUCCCGGAUGGAACCCCUUCAAAGCAGUUCUUAAGCUUUCCGUGGCUGGUUGAUGACGUUAUGCUGUCAAUCAGAACAGAAAGAGCAUUUGAGGAACAGGAGUCUCCAAGCAUCGUAGAGUCGAUUAAUGAAAGCGUUUUGAAGGUCUUUGAGAAAGACAGAAGAAUUCUCUUGCCGUGUUUUGAAGAAAGACUUCAGAAAAAGAAUCUCAUUGCUAGAGAAAUUCCUGGAAUGAGUCUUGCUUUAUUCGGUUCUUCAGCGACACUUCUCUUCAGAACAGAUUCGGAUCUUGAUCUUUGUGUGCUAAAUUCUGUGCGCGUCGCGCGACGAAAAGGAUUGGAUCGAGAGGAACAGAUCGCCUUAUUGACGAAAUUACACCCAAUCAUGAAGAACCUGUUUAAGCAUGCGCGUCUGGUGGAGUCCGCUAAGGUUCCAGUGAUUUCUUGCCAGAACCCGUCCAAUUAUGGGGGUCCCUUGGUUAAAGUAACAGGUGAUCUCUCAGCCUCAUGGGAAGGUCUCCUCAAAGCUAUUGUGUUAUCCAGCUACAUAAGAUCAUACCCAGGUCUCUUGCCAGUUCUCCGUCUCCUCCUCAGUUGGGGUCAUGUGACGGGGCUCGCAGGACAUGGUGUUGAGGCAGGGAUUAAGUCAAAUGAGCUAACUUUCUUGUUGCUGAUGUUCUGCGCUUCCAAGAAUUUGGUGCAAAAUUUCAACAUGGAAAGUGUCUGGGAAAGGUGCUUACAGAUUUCAACUGGACAAGUGAGCGACAUAGUUCUUAUCCAGGAGUGGCGAGAUGUUCUUGCAUCUUUACCGUCAUUGGAAUCCUCAGAAAACGAGGCCAGUGUUCCAAUCACUCUCGGUGAUGAAGAAAUCGGUGAGAUCCUGCUGACUUUUUUCCAAGCUUACAACUCCACCCUCGAAGCAGAAAUUCCUCAACCAUUUGCGUCACUAUUAGGCGUGGCCAAACUAUCAGAACUGUUGGACGCAGAACACUUGCGCCUGCUCAAGGAGCACAUGCAACGUGCUUUUCAUCUGUUGGCACUUUACGGCGACGUUGAAGUGCUUCUUACAAUCAGUGCAUCAGAAAUCGACCGUGUUAUUUUCCUGUCAGAGGAGUUGUCAUAUGCCAUGGCGGGCUCAGAAAGGCAUAACGCGUAUGAGUUGUCGAAAAAGACUGGUGCGAGAGUAACAAUUCGUCCCAGUCUCCCCGGGUCAGGAUUUGGUCUUGUUCUUCAAGCUAUUGGUACUGAGUCUGCUGUAGCGUCAGUAGAGCGAGCAUUGAAUGCCAUGGCAACGCAAGCUUUGCGUAACAGGGCUGCCAUUAUGUCAGUUUGCUUCGUUAAGGAAGCCAAACUCAUGGUGAUAGAAGGUUCUCUUAGUGACGAUGACCGCAUCACUUUGGUGCCGUACUACGGAAAUCACCACCCCACCCAUGAUAGUCUGGCUUUGUACGUGCCCAUGCUGAUAAAUCCAAGAUCUGACCUUAGGCGUAUAGGAGCUGCCUUUACCCGGUAUGAGUUCCAAAGCUUUAAGGAGAAGUUUCUCACUCAAGUUCAGGUGAUAGAGAGGGAUUUUGUGCCUUCCAUUCACGGUGAAAUGGAGUUAGCCGUUCACUUUGGACGCAUUUAUGUUUUAAAUAUUCCGAAAUCAUUUACUGAGGACACAGAAUCGCCAACUGUUAGUGUGUUCCAAACAAAUCUGUCACGUGGUUACAAACCUAGACCUAGUGUGCUCUCCACCACUCCUAGAAAUGACAAAAAGUACGUCAAGACUCUAAAAAGUCGAAAAGUUAAGAAGCGAAAGAACAACGAAGUCGGGGAGGAUGGCAAAAAGGCACCAAACCGGAAACCCUCUCGAAGCUCUUUCUUUACAAUCGUUACAUCGCAUGAGAAAAUCAUGGGUUUUCUGAUGCAGCGCGGGUUUUUAGAGGAAAAAAGCUCAGAGUUCUACCUGGUUGAAAUACACACGGAUCACGAAUUCUGUGUUCUCACAGAUGGAGCUUUCAAUUUUCUCGAAAUCAUGUAUCCCAAGCUGCGCUGGUGUGCGGUAGAUGUGAAGAGGUCUUGGCGGGAAAAUCCCGAAGAUCAUGACAUCACUGAUCUAGACGGAGUCGAGACUGAUGUCCGUUUCUUAUUACAGACCCGCCAUGCACUGCGCUCAGAGGACAUACGUGGAACUGCUUAUGAACAGUACCGUGAUACCUUGCAGCCUCAACAUUCCGCACAGGCUUCCCGAUGUCCUUAUGUAGUUAAACCGGAAGUUUGGAAGGAGGUGGCCUUGAUUCGACACAAAAAGUCCCGGAUAUACAAGCUGAGCGAAGACUUAGCAAUGCAAAGCGAGUUUAGGAAAGCCCUUCGUAUCAGUGUGAACGAAGUUACUGAGUAUUCUCGACCCACAAAACACGUAUCUGACUUCAGUAAAGUUAUGACACGAUGGGAAGUUGUCACCAAGGCUGGAUUACCCAACAGUUGGAGUAAUAGCGAAGCUGUGGAGAAGCUAUUGAGGGAUAUCUGGGCCUUUGCUUUUGCUUUGGCCUCGCAUUUAUCCGAAUAAAGGAAAAGACACUGAACUGUUUUAUCCUAAGUGACAGAUUUUUUUUAUCUCCACAAGCAUGUGUAAGUUAUGUCGCUCCGCCUUUCAUAGCGAGUGUAAAUAACGCGAUAAAAGUCUCUCAGAGCUUGAGGUGCUAAAGCGAGAGAAACACGCCACCCGUUUGAUAAGGCUGAUCUUGAUAAAUGAGGACUUACUCUUUAGAACAAUGGCAAUUACUUUGAAAUGCGAUGCUAGCUUGACUUCAGAAGAAUAGAUUUGUGUGGCUCUACAAGUAGCUGUAAUUUGUAGUGGGAAAUUCAGCGAGAGGUUGUUUCCAAAUCUCAAGAACGUGGAAGAAGUAUUUCCCCUUAACUAUAGAGCUGUCGAGGUUUCCUUCCCCCGGCCUUUAAUUCAUGCAAAAUCCAGUUUGACCCUUUACACUCUAACAUCAGUAUGCAUAUUCUCCAUACUACUCUCUACACAUUUCCUGGGUUACUGAGAAGGAGAAUUUGUUUAACAAUCAAGAGCAUUUUAAGUGGUUGAUCAUAUCCUUUCUUCCUGUGACAAUAAUUUGUGAUUCAGGAACGAUAUUGGAAGGAGAAAUUAGAUGUUGGUCACUCUUAGGCAUCAAAGUGCUAAGUUCAUAUGACAACAUUCCCUGUUUAUUAAUUUCCAUGGGACAAUAAAGCGAUUCAUUUCAUUCGAA